UGUUUCCCUUUAAGAGACUUCACCAUUUGCACCAGUUACACGAGGCAGAUAAAAUGUUACUUUGCACAUGAUAUUUAUCGUUAGAUAAGUGUUAAAUUAUACAGUUUGUCGCUUUUUUGUCAGCAUGUUUUUGGAAGUUAUGACUCAAAUAGAUUUAUGUUCUGUGAAAUACUGUAGAUGUUAAUGUGGACAAAUUGUUUUGCAUGUAUAGAUCUAGGUCACGCAGGUCAAAGAUGGAUUGCAGAUCAUGUGCCAGAGGCAUUCACCUAAAGAAAGAAAAGUUGAUGCCAUGCUUGUGAAUUAAAUGAUAAUCAGAGAACUGCUCAAAAUGGUGGCUUGAAAGAUGAAUAUAUUAAGUUGAAACAUUUGAAUUUCAUUUGAUUGUUCAGAACUAAGCAUUAGGAAAGUUAUGUUGUUUUUUGUAACUUUAUUUCGUAAGCCAGUAAAAUAUUCUACCAGUAACCAUGACACUGUUUUGAAAAACAUUUCAGUAAAAAAAAAUGAAGGUUGAAUGAACAUGGUAACCGUUCUUAUUAUAUUUAUCACAAAUAGAUAGCUUUAAAGGAAACACAAUUUCUGCAUUUGUGGAAAUGGAGCAGAGAAAAGAAGUAAUGACUUUAACUUGUGGUUCAGAGGAGAUAGUCAUUGAAACAAAUGACUCGUAUUCUGAAGACAAUGAAAUGACGGAUACCAGUUCGUGUUCGUCUGACUCGGAAUAUGAAGAAAUAGAAGUUGGACCACCAUUUCACGAUGAAAAACAAGACCAAAAAAUAGAGAUAGGACCAACUUUUGAUAUUGAAAAACAAAGAAAAGCCAUCUUUCUUCCAAAUCCUUAUGUUAAAUUAGUUAGAUGUGACCAUCUUGUUCAAAGUGCGUUUCCUGAAAACAGAAUUGAACACAGAAAAUCGAGAUCUUCAGCAAGAAUGAGACGUCCUAACAGCACCUAUCUGUCAGACGAGUUUCUCGUAGGAAAGUAUGCACAAAAAGCCCCUGACAAACAAUUAUCAUUUGUAAAGGUGAAAAAGAAAAAGAAACUUAUAAAUGUCCACAAUAAUAUUUUUGUAAAGGUUAAAAAGAAAAAGAAACUUAUAAAUAUCUACAAAAAUAAUAUUCACAAACCUGGUCGCAGUAUGAUUAAAGUGGGCAUUACAAACUUUGGAGCCGAUUUAGCUGAAAAUAUCAAGCAGGAAUAUCCGAGUGGUUACCAAGUUAAUGCGUAUGAUGUAUCAGAUAUGGAUAAAAUGAACCCAUGUUAUAGAUUUUUUUUCGAGUAAUAUAGUGACUGAACCUUUAGUUUCUACUAUUAAGGAAGAACCUCCUGAUAAUUAUUUUGAUGGUAUGAUAGUCAACAGUUUUCAUUGCACUUCUGACUGUGAAACAGUUAAACCAGUAAAACUAUCUAAAAUAAACUUUGAUCCAAUCGUUAAAAAGGAAACAGAUGAAACGGAUUAUGGUAGCAUGUCUUCUGAAGAUAGCCAUUUAAAUGACACUGCCAGUAUAAAUUACAACUCGGUUUUCAAUGGAGAAUUAAAUGAGACGGAUACAAAAAUAAUAAAAGUAGAAAAAACUGAAGAAUCAAGCGACAGUGAAGUUGAUAUUGAAAGAGAUUGGGAUGGGCCAGUGUUUAUUGUUGAUCCAGAGAUUGUUGCCUUUGAUCAUCCAUACUCGUCACGGCCGGAAACUACUGAUGGGGCACCAGUUAUAAUAAUUUAUAACUCCAAGGAAACGGAUACUAAUUCUUCUCAGUCUUCAACAGGGAAACAGAAGCAACCGCUAAAGAAUUUGAAGAAAAGAAAAAAUAUUAAAAAUCUUUCAAUUAAGAGUUUGAAGAAAAGCGAAAAAGAGCUUUUAGUAAAAGUGACUGAGGACAAUGUGUAUGUUAGGGAGACUUCGACAGGAAGAAACAUGGAAACUGUCAAAGGAUGUAAGGACAAAAUAAAAGUGGGCCAUUAAUCAAAGUUCAUUGUGCUUCUAUGUGCAGAAAACAUACAGUUCUCUUUCCCAAAGGUCAAGUUCUCAUAGUCCAAAUGAUACCUUGUUUACAUUUGGUCUCUGUAUCAUUGACAAUUUGGAAGGUUGUAAAUUUACAUGGCAAAAAUGAUUAACAAGACGUUCCGAGAGCAAUAUCCAGGUUGAUACCCUACAACCAUGGGCCACAUGUAGAGGUCGAUUGCUCGACUGAAUGAAUUUGGAAAUAAUAAUUUACAUCAUGACACACUGGUUAUAAUGACUUUACAAUAGACUUUACCCCUUAAGUCAAGGGCGGUCAAAGGUUUAAAAAAAUCCACAUUUUUAUCUGCUGAAUACCUUGCUUAUUGAAAAACACAUUAAAGUCAAAAAUGCCAUACCCAAGGUCACUUACCGGGUAAUUACUUAAUUUUGAAUUAAAAACAUAACCUUUUCGAUCAUUGUACUUUAUGCGAAUGUUACAGUGCCAUCAUGUUUUGUUUGAAGUUUUUGUAUAUGGUGCAGUAGCUUCAAAUAUUACGUUGAAACUUGUUAAUUCGAUUUUUCUUACAAAGGAGUAAUGUGUCCUACCCACUUUUUGGGGGUAAAAAAGAACGAAGAUCAAGGUCAUUGUGGCCUUUAAUUCUAAUUAUCUCUA